CAACCUUGCUUCUAAUUCCUCAAUCUCGAUGCUCGGCCCCCCUAGCACAAACAACACCCGCUCAAACACAACCUCCCACAGCCCCCACAACACGACCCGACGCCCUCACAGCACGCAAGCACGCACCCCCACACCGCCGCAAAGCAGCUCGCGAACAGAUCGACGCCCCACGGCCCGCUGUGCUCGCAGCAGCGCUGGUACCCGCCCAGACAGCCGUCCUGGCGCGACUGGGAGACGGUGAAGUCUUCGGGGGUACCGCUGGUGACGGGGGCGUAGUUCAUUGUAUGGAAACGAGGGUUUGGGAAGAUAUGAAUUUAAAGUUGGGAGGGGUGCAAUGUAGAUAGGGAGGAGGACGGAAGGAAGGGAGAAAGGAUAAAGCAAAGAUAAGGA